AUAACACUGCGCGGCCGUCCCUCGCGCACCACGUGCUAGGGGAGCAGGCGGGCAGAUGGCUGAGUCUGUAAGCGGGAGGCGUGUCCGGCUCAUCCAUGGCGCAAGAUGGCGCUGCUUUUUGCACGUUCUUUGCGCUUGUGCCGCUGGGGAGCCAAACGAUUGGGAGUUGCCUCCACAGAGGCCCAGAGAGGCGUCAGUUUCAAAUUGGAAGAAAAAACCGCCCACAGCAGCCUGGCACUCUUCAGAGGUGAUACGGGCGUCAAAUAUGGCUUGGUGGGAUUGGAGCCCACCAAGGUGGCCUUGAAUGUGGAGCGCUUCCGGGAGUGGGCAGUGGUGCUGGCAGACACAGCGGUCACCAGUGGCAGACACUACUGGGAAGUGACAGUGAAGCGCUCCCAGCAGUUCCGGAUAGGAGUGGCAGAUGUGGACAUGUCCCGGGAUAGCUGCAUUGGUAUUGAUGAUCGUUCCUGGGUGUUCACCUAUGCCCAGCGCAAGUGGUACACCAUGUUGGCCAACGAGAAAGCCCCAAUUGAGGGUAUUGGGCAGCCAGAGAAGGUGGGGCUGCUGCUGGAGUAUGAGGCCCAGAAGCUGAGCCUGGUGGAUGUGAGCCAGGUCUCUGUGGUUCACACGCUACAGACAGAUUUCCGGGGUCCAGUGGUGCCUGCCUUUGCUCUCUGGGAUGGAGAGCUGCUGACCCAUUCAGGGCUUGAGGUGCCCCCGGGCCUCUAGUAUUUCCAUUACUGGAGUCCCUAAUCACGCUCUUGGCCAGCCUCCUUUUGAAAAUGUCUGAAGCCUUUUUACUUUGCCUCAAGCAACCUCUAGCUCCCGCAAUUCAAUGUUGGGUCCUUUGUGCAAUAUCAUAAUCAUCUUCCUCAUCCCCUACCUUGUGAAAGCUAGGCAUACAGCCAAACCCUCCUUCUCCCACCCACCAACUACUGCCAAUUUCCUAGGCUACCAUGGGUGAUGUAUCUUCCCUGACCUGCUUCCUUCAGUCCCUCUGCUUCCCUUUGCCCAGACCUUUCUCAGACUGUAUUCCAUCCUGGGGUCUUAUCAUUCAGCUUUGUUUGCAUUUAUUAAUCACCGUGAUAUUUCUCCCUCCCUUUGUCCACAUGUAACUUGUUUGUUCUUGGGGCUCUACCAGAUCGCUGAAGAGUAAAUCCUUUCUACCUCUGGCUGAAGGAGUGGUGCAGUCAAUGACUUGGCCCUUUUUCUACAGCACAUUCAGAGUUUGGGCUCUGGCUCCCUCAGUAAGUGCUUUAUUAACUCAGUGUGUCAAAAUGAAAACAGAGCCCUCCUUCCCCAGUAGCUCAGUGCCACAGACCUUCAGCCCUAGACAGCUGUAGCUAUCCUUACCCUGAGUCCAUCUACCUUAAUCUAUACCUCUGACACCCAGCCAGUCUAUCAUAAUCAUUAUCCCAGUUAUAACCAUGACCAAAGGAGAAGAGAGGUACUUGGGGGAUAUCUAGGGUAUGAGUGCUAGAAACUGUUGAUUCUUUUAUUUAUUUUUUGAGACAGUCUCACUCUGUCACACAGACUGGAGUGCAGUGGCAUGAUCUCGGCUCACUGCAACCUCUGCCUCCAGGGUUCAAGCGACUCUCGUGCCUCAGCCUCCUGAGUAGCUGGGAUUACAGGUGUGUGCCACCAUGCCCAUCUAAUUUUUAUAUUUUUAGUAGAGAUGGGGUUUCGCCAUGUUGGCCAGGCUGGUCUCAAACUCCUGGCCUCACGUGAUCCACCUCCCAAAGUGCUGGGAUUACAGGUGUGAGCCACCACGCCCGGCCAAAACUGUUUAUACUUGAGAAGUUCCAUCUUCAUUUCUGCCACAGUUGGAACUUCCCGAGGAAGGAGGGAGGCCUGAGGUUUUUUUGCACAAUCUGUUUCAGAGCCUGUUUAGACUCAAACCUACACUUCCCUUGGCAGCAGAAUAUACUUAACCUAAAGCAGUAUUUGGAGUUGAGAAAAACCUGGCAGGGUAAGUGAAAAUGUACUGUUUGGUAGAGUAGGUAGAGAAGCCGUGCUCUGACCCUGUGAUUCCAUCUUUUUCUCCCUUCUAUGAUGGUGAUGAAGCUAGAUACCCCUAGGGAAGAAAGAAGGACUGGGUUUAGCAAAAAUGACUUGAUAAUUAAAGUUUAUUUGAACACAAAA